AUGAUGUUAUUUUUAUCAAGAAAAUAUAUCAGAGUAUUCACUUAUCUGUCUAUCAUUAUGCUCUCUAUAUUCACACUAAACCAUUAUUUACUAAAAUAUUGGAUUAAAGAUUAUAAAUAUCAACAGGUACGGUUCGUAUUUAAGGAAGAAUAUAAUGUUGAUUAUUUAAUAGACCAACUGGAUUGGGACCCAAAUGAUCAUUUAAUGACUAAUAUUGGGAUGAAACGGUGUUAUCAUAUUUUUAAACAAUUCCAGUGGUGUUUUCAUAUGUAUCAAUUGUUUGAUAAUGAAAAGCCUCUUCCUAAUAGCAAUAAUAUGAAUAAAGAUGAUAUAGAUAUAAUCUCAUAUUUUACAAAAAGAAGAAUAGUAGAAAAAGAUUUAACUGGUUCCUAUCAGACAGAGUGGUUCGGUAGCUCAUUAUACUAUUUUUAUGAUACUAUAAAUAUACCAGAUAUAAUUCCAUUAAUACUACAUUUUGCAAAUGAUAAUGAUAAUAAUCAUAACCCGAGGAUUUUAAAAGGUUUUAAAUCUAUUUCACUUAUAUCCAAUGAUAAUGAAAAUAACAAUAAUAAUAAAUAUAUUCAAUUUGAUAAGUUUCUUCUGGAACCAAUAGAUUUAACUAUUGAUCUUUUGAAAUCUGGUGAGAUAAACAGUAUUAUUACUGACUUUACUAUAUUGUUUGGUGACGAUUGUGUAGAUCCAAGACCUGAUUGGACUUUAAUAAAAAGCACAGCAAUCUACGAUCAUUAUUUAGCUAAUUCAUAUCUCUCAUAUAAAACUUUAGUCCCAUUAUCUAUUUUUGGUAAUGAUAAUGGCAAUAAUACAGAUUGGAAAAAUGUUGAACUAUAUCCGAAUGAAGAUGGAAAAUUCAAAAUUGUGCAAUUAUCUGACUUACAUAUGGGUAUAAAUGAAGGUAAAUGCUUGGAUGAAUAUCCUAUACCAGUAAAUCGUGAUACAGAACCUUGUAGAGCUGAUCCAAAGACAUUAAAUUUUAUAAAUACAGUUCUCGAUAUAGAAAAACCCCAAUUAGUAGUAUUUACUGGUGAUCAAAUAAUGGGCCAGGAAUCAUUACAGGAUUCAGAGACCACACUAUUAAAAGCAAUAAGUCCAGUUAUUGAAAGAAAGAUACCGUGGGCGUUGACAUGGGGCAAUCAUGAUGAUGAAGGUUCGUUGUCAAGAUGGCAAUUGUCUGAAUUGGUGGUUAGAUUACCAUACACCAUUUUUCAAUUCAGUGGAUUCGAUACAAAGGAUAACACUUUUGGUGUUGGUAAUUAUAUUAAACAAAUUAAACAAAAAAAUGAUUCCGCGGAUGGUGAUGGAUUGCCUUUGAUAACUUUGUAUUUUCUUGAUUCUCAUAAAUACUCUAAAUCAAGUAAAUUGUCACCUGGUUACGAUUGGAUUAAAGAAAAACAAUGGAAUCAUAUAAAAAAGGUGUAUGAAAAUAAUUUGAAAUCUGACAUCUUAAAGGUUCCAAAUCAUUUGUCAAUGGCAUUUUUCCACAUUCCACUACCGGAAUAUUUGAAUCAGAAAUCUAAAAAGAAUCCAGAUUCAGUUAAUGAAAUCGUCGGUACUUUUAAAGAGGGUGUUACUGCUCCUAAGUAUAACUCGGGUGGAUUAAUGGCAUUAGAUUCAAUGGAGGUUCAGGUGACAAGUUGUGGCCACGAUCAUUGUAAUGACUAUUGUCUUAAAGAUGAUUCAACUCCAAAUCACAACAUUUGGUUAUGUUAUGGUGGUAGUGCAGGAGAACGUGCGUAUGCAGGUUACGGUGGCACUGAAAGAAGAAUACGAAUAUAUGAAUUGGACACUAAAGUUGGAUCUAUCAAAUCAUGGAAAAGACUCAAUGGAUCACCUGAAGAGAUAUUUGAUUUCCAAAUACUAGUUAAUAAUCAAAGUAUAUAG